AUGCAACUCAGGGAUGUGGGAACGGGUACCAACAGUACUGGUACUGGUAGUAACUUCACUGUGGUAACUACUGGAAGGCAGCGAAUACGAAGGAGAGCUCGACCAGAAGGCAAACGAACUGGGACGAGGGGCGAAACUCGUGGUCGUGCCGCGGCCGGAGGGGUCAACAUCACCAAGACGCAAAAGCAGGAACGGCGGUUUUUGAGGGAGACAACAAGGGGGCGACGAGCCAUCAAGGAAUCUAGGGAAAACAUCUUUGCAGGCAGAAAUCGUAUUUCGGCAAUCGCGGUCAUGGAGAAAUCGUCCGCACAGGAACGGCAGCGCGCCACGGAUAUUGGUACGGAUCAUUCAGGGGACCACGUCGACGAGGGAAACUCCCUUGUAACAGUACUUACGAGCUCUGAUGUCAACAACCUGACCUCGAGCAACACGAGCGUAAGUCGGGGGCACGAAAAAGGAUUCUUGCAAGGAGUCCUUGUAUCUCUGCCCCUAGCUUCAGCAGCGGCAGUUCUCGGUGCAGGUGGCCUCGCAGCCAUACUCUGCAUCACCCAAACCAUCUGUCCCACCACUGAGACGCAGCAAGUCAUCGAAGUUAGAACUUCCGGAGAUGUGGUUUUUAGGAACCUACCAAGACCCCCAACCCAGGUAGAAAUCGCUGGAGUGGUUGAACAGAUUCAAAACUUCUUUGAAAUCCUCAUUGCCCG